AUGUCUGACCCCACAUUGUCAUUGACAUGGAUCAUACAGGGAAUUUCAGAUGAUGGUUCAAACAACUUAUUAAUUGUCCCCCAAAGUUACCAUGGUCACGGCUAUCCUCCUCUUCAUCUUUUCUGUGUACUAGACAAUGAAAACGACUUCCAGGCUCUAUCGCAUGCGUGGAAAGCUUGCCAUCAGCCUGCGGUGAGACGAGCCCGCGAUGAUAUGCUAGAGAUUAUUCAAACACGACUUGAAAACUGGAGUAAUUCGAGGGCCAUUCGAUUACUACUCAAUAAUAUCGCAAUGGGCUCUACCAUUCAUAUAUCGUCUAUAUCAGACCCAGCACAAGAGGCAACGAUAUGGCUUUCACCCAACAUUUCCUUACAAGAACGUUAUCUGACUUUACGCCGUCUGAGUGGUCUAUGGGCCUCGUAUUCGCUAGAGUAUCCGCCGUGUCUUGAUAUCCAACAGAUAAAAUCAGUGAGACGGCUGCACGAUUCGGUAUCGCUUGUCACAAUCCCGAAUGAGCCUCUCAUGGUUUUCAAGAGCGCAGUCUCUAUAGUAUCUCGGAUGUACCAUGAGUUGAGAGAGCUUCUCCGGAUGCCUCACCAUCCCAACGUGAUAGGGAAACCGCGAUAUAUCGUCACCAGAAACGGCAAGGAAAGAGAGGAGCCAGUCGUCUGUGGCUUUAUACUAGAGUUUCACUCUGGAGGCACGCUUCUCGAUAGACUGUCAUGUUCCUCAACAUAUCCUCGCAUCACCACCAAAGACAAGCUCAAGUGGAUCCGGCAGAUACUACAAGCCCUCCGACACAUUCAUUGCCCUGGUGGCAGUUUCUAUCCUGAGUUGAGAUUAGAGAACAUCAUGCUUUCUCACAAGAACGACAUCGUCUUGGUAGACCUGGAACAAUUUGGAGGGCCCGAGCGCUGGUUGCAUCCGCAUCUUGGAAGGAUAAAGGAAGUAUAUAAUGAUAAUUGGAAACACAGUCGGGUCAACCCAUCCUGCAUGCCCUCAAGCAUCUUCUACUCCAACCCAGCGGCAGGCUACAUGUUACCAUUUGCGAACGCAUCCGGCCUGGAAAGACAGACGUUUGAAAACUACAGCCUUGCCAAGGUGAUGUGGUGCAUCUUUGAAGAGCAAACAAACUCGGCGACAAGACUUGAUGGUGACUCUACUUCAAACUCUGGUGAACCGCAGAUCAUGUUUCCUCAUUUUGAAAAGACACCAGAGAGGAUGAGAUAUUGGAUUUGGGUCUGCACACGCUCGAGUCGUGAAUGGGGAGACAUGAUGUGUAAAUGUGAAGAUGGUCAGCCGGAUAUUUGUGAGCACUUGGGUGCAAAGCUCCAGACGAACAACAUGGCUUGUAUAAGUCUGGAAGAGGCUGAGGAAUAUUUACAUGGUGUAUUCGGCGAUUUGAAUAUCUAUUAA